AAAAAUAAUGUCUGAGGAUUACACAGAAGUAUUUUCUGUUUAUCAGAAACAUAUGGAGGAAGAAGAAAACCUGCGUGAGACAAUCCGAACUCAAGUGAAAGAGAUGGAACAAUUAAGCAGAGAAAUUAUAACUUUGUUGCAAGGAGUUCACAAACCUAAAGGCUUGUCCCAAUUAUCCGAAUUGUGCGAUAAAGCUAGAAGAUUGUUUGAUACGGUACGGAGUCAAUAUGUUGGUUUACAGAAAUUGAUUCCUGUUGAUGAGUUUUACAGAUAUCAUGAACAUUGGAGGUAUGUGACUCAACGUUUAAUAUUUUCUGCAGCUUUCAUUGUCUUCUUAGAAUCAGGAAAACUUCUUACCAGAGAGGUAGCAGCAGAAUAUUUGGGAAUAAGUUGUAAUCCUGCUGAUGGAUUUCACAUAGAACUUGAUGAUUUUCUUUUGGGUCUCUUGUUGUUAGCUGAAGAACUGAGCCGUCUUUCUUUAAAUUGUGCAACUCAUGGAGAUUACAAGAAGCCAGUGCAAAUUGCUGAAUUUGUCUCUGAAAUGAAUGUUGGAUUCCGUCUAUUGAAUUUGAAAAAUGACCUUCUGAGAAGAAAGUUUGAUGGUCUUAAGUAUUGUCUUAAAAAAGUUGAAGAAGUUGUGUAUGACUUAUCUAUACGAGGUUUGAAAUCAACUCAAGAAAGUGAUUCAAAAACUGCAUAAUAUUUUUAAUAUUGUAAUCAGCAUUUUUCUUUGAUUUUAUUUUUUUCAUUUAUAGAAAAUAAACAAUUUUUUUAAUUGUUAA